UAAUAAAUUUGAUAGUUUUGAAAACUUUGAGAAUUUCUACAAAAUUGAAUUUUUUUUUAAUUUUGACAAUUUUAAAAAUUUAGAAAUGUUUGGAAAUUUUACUUACCUACAAAUAUUGACAAUUUUGACAUUUUUAUUUAAUAGUUUUGAUGAUUUUGCCAAGUAAGAAAAUGUUCACAGUUUUAUAAAUCGAAGCAAUCGAUGAGAAGAAUAACAACACACGCAUGGUGGUUUUUAUCAGGAAUAAACAGUUUAUAAUAUGUAACCGUGGGAAUAGUUUAGAGUUAGUGUAUAAACAAUGUGGAUCCGAAUUCUACCAUCGUAAAAGAAGGUAUCUCCUUUCUUUUUACUGCCCAAAGUGAUUCCAUCAACAGGUUAUGGGACCAGCACUAGUGAAAAGGGGGAGAAGCGGAAUCAAAAGUGGACAGUAGACUGGUCAGAAUGGGACCAAUAAAAGUAUUCAGCAGGUUUGGGUUCCUUUUGGGCCCAUCAACAACUGUGCACAUUUUUGUGACUCUAGAAUUUAAAAUGGGCUGUAGCAUUCAAAAAAUUCAAAGUUUGUAUGGAAGUUAGUAACGAAAAAGUGACUUUUUCGUUUCUUUUUUGGAAAACUUUGAUAAUUUUAAUCAUUUUGAUAACUUUGAUAAUUAUGGCAAUAUGAACUAUAUUGACAAUUUCGACAUUUAUACCAUAUUCAAUUGUUUUGUUAUUUUGACAGUUUUACAAAUUUUGAAAACUUAAAAAAUGUCGGCAUGUUUUCCACUUUUGACAAAUUAGGACAAAAUUUUUUAAAUCUUUUUUAGCAUUUUUCAAACUUUUGGCAGUUUUGUUAAUUGAAACAAUUUUGACAACUUUGAUAAUUUUCAAUUUUCAAUUUGAACAGUUUGACAAAUUUGAAUUUUUGUCAGAUUUCCACAAUUUUUUACAGUUUUUUUCAGUUUGGACAAUUUUUGCAAUUUUUAUCCAAAUUGUCAAAUAUUCAUAACUUUAGCAAUUUAGACCAUUUUGAAUUUGACAUUUUCUUCAAUUCUGGCGAUUUUGACAAUGUGUAAAAUUUUGACACUUUCUAUUAUUUUGAUAAUUUUGCCAAUUUUUUCAAUUUUGACCAUUUCUGGUUUGUGGUUAAGAGUGAUUAGGAGGUAAAUUUGGUGUAGCGCGAGUACACCCAAAACUACGGUGACUAAUUUUUUGUGCGGAAAGGCAUUUUUUAUGUCAACCAAGUGAUUGUACCAAAAUAUUAUAAACAUAAAGUUAAUUCACUAAAAUAUAAUGUAAUUUGUAGGUGACUUCUAUGUAGGUGAAAAUCUAUAUGAAAAUCAAUUGUACAAAAAUUAUGUAACUUUCCUAAGUGCAGAUUGAGCUUGCCAGAUUGCCCGAAUAUUAGACACAUUAUUUAAGAAAUGUUCGGUUCGACCUGAUUGCCCGGAUUUCGUUGAAAAAAGUCCGGAUUUUGGCCGGAUGGGAUUUAUUCACUUUAUUAACGAAAUUUAACAAAUAAACUCAAAUUGACUUCCUACACUUUUAAAGCAUUUUUUUUUUUAUCAUGAAAGUAAUGAAAGUGUUCUCUUUUUUGUUUUUACUUAAAAAUGCAGUUUGACCAACUUUCCCCGGAUAUUGGCCCGGAUUUUGGGUUGAAUAUUUUGAAAUCGAAUGCCCAGAGUUUGACAGGUUUUUAGAUUAAAUUUUCCGGAUUUACCCGGUUUUAGACACGUCUUUCAACCUUAGUGUAUCUAGAUGAGAUAAAAAACAGUGUUUGAAUCAAAACCAAGAAAAUCUACCUUAAAAGAAAAAAAAAACUAAUAGCAGAUUAAAUGUGUAAGUCUUAUGAGCUUUCCAACAGAAAAUACAACAAAAACUAACGAUUCAAUUUCCUGGUUGUUCAGAAACUCGAGUAAACUUCCACGGUAUAUUUUUUUGGCACAACACCAUUUUUUUUCUUGUCUCAUCGACGGGACAUUUCGAACUUUUUAUUGCACAGUCACGUUAAUCCGAUAUCCAAGCUUCAAUCAUUUUUGUCCAGUCUCCUUUAACAAUUUGUCAGUUUUGACUCGUUUACAAUCAUGAAUAUUGGAAAAAUACUAUAAACUGAAACAUUUGUUCUUGACCACCCUAUUAUACCAAGGCAUGAUUAAUCACUCGUUGAAACGCGUCCGGGUCGUUUAUUAAUCCAAAACGUCACAGAGCGCUAAGGUGUCAUCUUUAAGUUAAACGACCAAUUCGUCGAGCUGUUGGUACUUCAAGUACCGGCUUUGUGAAUCGUUGCGAUGUCAUCAAAUAACGAGAAUAGAAUUCUACAUUUCGGCGAUUUAUUGUUCAAACACUACCUCCCCGUAGUAAUUAAUUGAUAUUUAGGGGAGAUGAGGGCAUAACGAGCACCCAGGGCAUAAUGAGCACUCCUUUUUUCUACAUAAGUACGUAUUUUCUUAAACGAAUUUUCAUAAGGACUUGUUUCGUACUACCUAUAGUAUUAAUUUUUCACCAAAAAAAAUAUCCUUUUCAUAUUUACAGAAAUUUUAAAUAAUAACCAGCUAAGUUCUCAAAUGACGAAAAAUUUUUGAGCACCACAAAAUAAGCUUUUAUGACCUUUAAAUCAUCUUGAUCUGAAAUGUACGCACUGCAACAUGAUCUACACAUUGUUUCUCAAUUUUCAACAUCAUAAAAUUUUUGAUUUUUCACCUUAAUCAGUUUUAAAACGCGUUUUAACUUUAAUUUGUUCACUAGAGGCGAACAGAGCACUAUCAAUGAAGGCAUAAUGAGCAUUUUCUGCUGUGUAAUCUAGCAGCGAAUUGAACUCGAUGAAGUCAACUAAAUAAUAGAGCUACAGCUUGACUUGUUUCGUCUGUCGAUUUGGCCUUCUGGUAAGGUGUCGGAGAGGUAAUCAGUAGACUCGAGUUCGAUUCCUGUUCGAGGGGAUUUUUUUUUGCACAUACCAUUCAUGAUUGAUUUUUUUAUUGUUACAUUAUACGGCUAAUAGCAUCAAAGCAUCAUCUGUCAAACAAAACACCAGAAACAUAAUGUAUGAGCAUGUGUUCAUUCUUUGAAUUCUACAAACAGAUCUAGUUUAUUUUGUUAUUACUUUGUUUGAUGAAUCUACGCCUCACCGUUUAGUGCAAUCAUGAUCAUGAAUGAUAAAUGAAAAAAAAAUCACCUCGACCAGGAAUCGAACUCGAGCCUACUGAUUACCUCUCAGACAUCUAACCAAUAGGCCAAAUCGUCAGACGAUGCAAGUUUAGCUGUAGCUCUAUUAGUCAGUUGACUUCAUCGAGUCGAAUUCGCUAGUAGAUUCACCUUCAGAAAACGCUCAUUAUGCCUUCAUUAAUGGUGCUCAUACUGCCUCGGAGGGUUUCUCAUUAUGCCUUUACAGUGCCUGGUUUUCAGCUUUCGGCAAAAUUUUUUAAAAUGCAUUUUUAAACGUUUUUAUCUACUUUUCCAGGUUUUAUCCAAUUAGGCCAUAGACUAUUUGCGUGUCUGGAUACGAAACAAUGAUGUAAUUAACAUAUUACAGCUGUUCUCUAUGAUUAAAUACGCGUUUUGCUUAACACGUUCGUCGCCCAAAAAAAAUCUCAGAGCAUGAAAGUAAAGCGAGAGAGCUUCAGAUUUACAACGCGUGGCAGAACUGAGCGGCAACCUUGCUUAAGAGAGCCGUCACCCAUAUAUGGGUGACGUGGCGACGAACGUGUUAAGGUGGCCAUUAUGCCCCCAUCUCCCCUACACCAAUAUUCGAUGUGUUACCCAUUAGUUGAAUCCAGCUGAAAACUCCUUCCCACUGUGCCAUUGUUGUACCCUAUGUCAAUUCAAACGGAUUCAUCGCGUUUGGAAUCGUUUAAUUUCGGCGCAUCUAUCUUCGGCAACACCUCUGUUUCUAGAUUUCGCACUGAAUAGAAUAUCGUAGGUACCUAAUAAUCAUCUUGUUCCGGAACGCUUUGUAUCGGAUAAAAUGAUAAUUGUCACACGUAUGUUAUUUUUAUAAGAUUUCAAUCAACAAAACGGCGUCAAUCGCGUGCGGUUGAAGUACUAGAAGUUCGUACAGAACGUCAUAUAGUCAAUAUAGUAAUGAAAAGUUGUUGGAAAUUUGCAUAGUAUCGUAGUGCUACUCAAACGAAAUGGUCGGAAAAUUCGCUGUAUUGUUAACUGUUUCAUACAUUUUGGCAGUUGCUCACGCUGAUCCACCGUUUAAACCGAGAAUCAAUUACCUGAGGUCAUGGUGCUUUAAGCACAGUGCUUCGGCAAACGGAUACGAAAAGCACCUUAGAAAUGGAUACAUUCCACUGGAAAAAUGCAUCAAUCAAGCACUGGACCAAGAAGAUUUGGAGCUAGAACCGACAACCGAGAACAGAAUGAAACAAGUCCAAAAGUAUUGUCCCAGAUCCAGCGAGUGGAUGAAAUGCUUCGACCGUCCACUGGAGGGCAUCGCUAUGUGUCUGGCAGGAGUCGACAUAAAUCGGGCUAAAUUCUUGGUCAACAAAGUUUUCGGCGAGAUAGUGAAAAAACUGUGCGAAAAUGAGGCAGAAUAUUUAGUUGAAUUAGUCAAACCCGAAUAUGCCCAGUGUCUUAGUGAGUUGGGACAAAUUACCUUCGAUUGUGCCAUCGAGCCGGCCCAUCCGUCACCUUUAGAAAUAAGUUGUGCGAAUUUGGAUAUCGUUCGAUCUUGCUUUCAGCAGAAGAUUUCCAGCUGCGGUGCUCCGACAAAUGGGGGCGACCUCGCGUUGCAAACAUUCCUGGAUCCCGUUUACCGAAUCAACAACUGUACGUACAAAGCCUCGGAAAAUCAGUAAUUGAUCAAAGCACUUCAAACUAAGGAUUUAUUGUUGUUUAAAUUUGAAAUUAAAAUUUAAAGAGAAACACGAUUGGAAUGAACCCCGUGGAUUUUAAAGGAUUUUUUUUUAUAAAUCGUUUUUUGAAUAUUCCUUACACUCAGAGAUGAAAUGCAUUGCCAAAUUUUAAAAAUUCCCAAAAAUAAUCACAGACAAAAAUAGUAAAAAUACAAAAAUGUAAAAAAUGAUGGAAAUGACAAAUAAAAAUACAAAAUUAACAAAAAUGACAAAAAAAAAAAACAAAAAUGAUAUAAAUGCCAAAAAUGCCAAAAAUAACAAUAAAAGAAAAGAAACAAAUUUAAGAAAAAAAAGAUGGUAAAAAUUACAUUAAAAAAAUCAAAGAAAUGACAAAAAUAACCAAUGUUACAAAAACGUCCAACAUAAUAAAAAUGACAAAAAUGACAAAAUAGAAAAAAAAAAUAAAAAUGUCGAAAAUCACACAAAUGAAAAAUAACAGCAAUUUAAAUAAUGAAAAAAUAAAAAUUAAAGACAAAAGAAAUUAACAACAAUAACAAAAAAAUGUCAAAAUAUCAAAAAUGAUCAAACUGACAAAAUUCAUCAAAAUGACAAAAAUAAGCCAUAAAAAACUAAAUUCACAAAAAUUAUAAAAAUGACAAACAUUACAAAACAACAUACAAAAAUGACACAAAUUAAAUAAAAAAAAUUACAUAAAUGGAAGAAAUGACAAAAAUUACAAAGAAUGACAAAAAAGACUGAAAUGCCAAAAAAGACAAAAAUGAAAAAAAAACACAAA